UUUCCUCCUCUCGUAUCACACACUCGUUCACUUACAUACUUGCUUGUCUUGCGCUGUGUUGCCGCUGUUUGAUGCUCUGAUCUACUCACAAUCCACUUCCACGACCAUGACCGUCUAUGCAAUGCGCUCACCACGUUUCAUCCUCCUUGGCACAGUCCUCGCCGCACUCCUCUUCCUCGCCUUCAUCCGCCGCGAACAGGCCUACAACGUCAUCGUCGACUACACCGACCCCAACGACUGGCGAAUACCCGACGCCGUCAAUAAUGUUCUUGGUUACGAGAACCUUGAGAGCAAUAGCUCAAAGAGCACGGAAGACUUUACCAAGCCAUACUCGCCACCAUCACAAGAGGAGGUCAAAGUUAUCGAGACGCCCAAAUCCAAGCCUAAACAGGACGCGCUUCCUGGCUACUGUGACUACUGUGGGCCGGACGAUAAGAUCUGUCAGAAGUAUGGCCCCUUCAACCUCGCCCGCUCACGCGCCUACGAAGGCCCCAACGCCCGCCUCAAGCGCGUCCUCGCUAAAGGCCGCUCAGGCAAGAAGCUCAAGAUCGGUAUGCUCGGCGGGAGCGUCACCAAGGGGCACUCGGUCAACCGCGACCAGAACUGGACGACGCGCUACGGCAAGUUCCUCACUGACGUCCUCGGCAUCGACGUCGAGGUCGUCAACGGCGGCGUCGGCGCCACCGUCAGCGAGUACAUGGAGACGUGCUUCCUCGAGCAUAUUCCCGAGGACGUCGACAUUGUCGUGAUCGAGCUCGCGAUCAAUGAUCAGCGCCUCGAGCGCCUCGCGAAGGGGUACGAUAAUCUCAUCCGGGGCAUCUUUGAGCUCAAGAGCAAGCCCGCGAUCAUCAAUCUCCAGAUCAUGGCCCUCUCCUUCGCGACAAUCACCAUGGGCGGCGACCUGCACAGCGCCGUCGCGCAGUACUACGACACGCCGAUCGUCUCCGUGCGCAACAUGCUCCUCCCCUACGUCCUCUCCAUGACCCAGGACGGGCGCGCGAGCGACGACGUCGUGAAGCACUGGUUCCACGUCCAGGGCGACGGCGUCGUCGACACGCGGCACAUGAACUGGCGCGGGCACGAGCUCAUGGCGGACUUGCUCGGCUCGUUCACCGCGCGCGUCGCGUGCGAGGGGGUGAGGGAGGAGAGAGCGCGCAAGGCGCUCGGCGAGGACGGGAAGAAGAGCGGGUGGCUGGGAGAGAUGGAUGCGGGCGAGCGGGACUGGGUCGCCGAGGGCCUGGUCGGGUUCGCGCCGGAGAAGGGGAGCUUUAUCCCCGACUCGGAGACGGGCGAGUACGUUCCGCGGAUAUCCAUGUUCGACAAAUACGAACCGCACACCUCCCUCCUCGCGCCGAACCCAUCGUGCAUGACCAUGUCCACGACGCGCCACCCGCUCGUCCCGGACCCGAAGCUCUCGCACGGCUGGGAGAAAUGGUCGCACCCGCAGAACCCCGGCAAGCUCUUCCUCCGCGCGACCGCGCCCGGCGCCAAGGCCGUGUUCAGGCUACGCACGGCGGCCGUGGGGCGGCUGCGCGUGACGUAUCUCCGGAGCAUGGACUAUGGGCUCGGCAGCGUGUGGUGUUGGCCGGAUGGGCAGCGGGAUAAGGGGACGCGGCUGGAUGGGUAUUGGGAGGUGAAGAAUAUUCACGUGUCGCAGACCGCGACGAUCACGGAGGACCUCGCGCCGGGCGAGCAUACGCUCUCGUGCGAGCUUCUGAAGGAGACCAAGGACCCAGGCAAGGGCACGGAUUUCAGGCUGCUCGCUGUCGACGGCGCGUAAGCGCGAGUGUGCGUAUAUGCGCCCUCUUCCAUUGCGUCUGUUCCCGGUCUCGCGUUCCUCGGCCGCUGCUCGGCGUCUGCUUCAUCUACCAUCUACCACAAGAACAUGAUAUACCCCGCAAUCUCCCCCCUCCUUCGCAUACAGGCACUUAGUGGACGCACGUCCGUCCGUCACAGUGCAUGUCUAAUCCGCCAUCUCUCGGUCCUCCGUUACCGGCCCAGAGCCCGGUGCUCCGGGCCGGCCUCUUACAAACUUACUCUCGUGUUAAAUCCAACAUCGACUCCCCUUCCUACCAGUCGUUCGCGUGGUAAUAUCUCCCUUUCUACAUAAAGGUCUGGAGUCACGGUGCAAUAGGAAUCGACGUCACCCUCUUAAGUCUGUUUCGAUGUAUUCUCGUAUUGGUAUA